GUCAGCACGUCAGGGUGCCAAAGCGCAGUCAAGACUUGAAGGGCUUUUGGGGUUCUCAUAGCUAUGGCUUCAAGGGCACUGUGGGCUUCAAGGGCUGCUUCAUACCUUAGGAUCUCUGUGUUCCACAGAGGGUUUUCCACAGUUCUAAAGGAUCUGAAAUAUUCUGACUCUCAUGAGUGGGUCAAGGUUGACGGCAACUCUGCUACAAUUGGUAUAACUGAUCAUGCUCAAGAUCAUCUAGGGGAUGUAGUGUAUGUGGAAUUACCUGAAGUGGGAGCGUCUGUAACCCAAGGGGACAGCUUUGGUGCUGUUGAAAGUGUCAAGGCUACUAGCGAUGUUAAUUCCCCCGUUUCAGGAAAAGUUGUUGAAGUUAAUGAAGAACUCAACAAUUCCCCUAUCUUGGUUAACUCAAGUCCAUAUGAAAAAGGGUGGAUAAUAAAGGUUGAGGUGAAGGACACUGAGGAGCUAAAUAACUUGAUGGACCCGGAAGGAUACACAAAAUUCUGUGAUAAAGAAGAUGGAAAUCACUGACUCUAGCCUAGGACGCCGACAAUGGCAUUUGUAUUUUUUAUGCUUUUUUUUUUCUCUCUAAUCUUGGUACUUUCAUGUCUUUCUACUUGUUUAUGAGUGAUGAAUUUGGUGGAAUAUUUUCAUUCAAUAUUAAAGAAUAAUUAUUUCU